AUGCCUCCUCAGCCAUCAGUCGUUACGAAGCUCAAGGUCCAGCUCAAGCUGGCCAUCGCACGGCUACGCAUGGUCCAGCAGCGCGAUGACUCCAUGGGCAAGACACAAAGACGCGCGAUGGCGCAGCUCCUCGAGGUGGGCAAAAUCGACUCUGCGCGCAUUCGCGUCGAGAAUAUCAUCCGAUCCGACAUCACGACCGAGCUACACGAGAUACUAGAGCUGUACUGCGAACUACUGAUCGCCCGCGCGGGGCUACUCGAGGGUUCAGUCUGUGAUCCGGGACUGGAGGAGGCGGUCAAAAGCAUCAUCUACGCCGCGCCGAAGACGGAGAUCAAGGAGCUGCAGGUGGUGCGAACGCUAUUGGCGGAGAAGUACGGCAAGGAGUUUGUUCUUGCGGCGAUGGAUAACUCAGAUGGCAAGGUGUCGGACAAGGUUGUCAAGAAGCUGAGCGUCACACCGCCGCGGGAAGAGCUCGUACAAGGGUACUUGGAGGAAAUUGCCAAGGCGUACAAUGUGGACUGGCCGAAGCGACCUCUGGCAGACGAGCCGCCGGAUCUUCUGGACGAUGACGACGACGAUAGCCCAAGUGGUGGGAUUGGCGUGAGAAUACCGGAGGGUCCGUUGGGAAACAGCUCCAAAGUGGCCAAGGAACAGGAGGAGCUAAGCAAGGCGACACCGCCGAGGACGAUUGGAGGUCCCAGUAGCCCUUUGACUGUCACACCGCCGAGGAUGACAACAGAUAACGUCCAUCCCAAAGUUACGCUCAACUCACUGGAGCUGAAGCCUAACAAAAAGAUGGACGCAGCGGCGCAGAAGAAGCCAGCUGGAAAGGGGCCAGGAGGCAACGUACCCGACAUUACGGAGCUGGAGAGGAGAUUUCAAGCUUUGAAGCGAUGA